AGAUCUUAUCAUUUCAGAUCGUUGAUAUCGAGCAAGGGGCCUCUCGUAUCCUCAUCACCAUAGCAAUUCCCGUGGAACAACAAGCCGAUGGCCACCAGCGAGUUCGCUAACGGCAACCAGGACAACUUCUACUCUAGAAAGUUUCGGAGCAUACAGUCCGGGGACGCCGUCCCUUAUCGCUGUUACUGUCCCAUCGCUCCCAUCAAGUACUCAGGGCACAAGCCCAUGAUGUCACUCGAGUGUAUCGACGUGAAGCCCUACAGUCGUCACAUGGCCCCCGCAGUCUCGUACCCAAGGUUCCUUGACCAGAGAACAGAGCGGCUGUCGACGGGCAUGAGCUCGUAUAGCAAGCUUGUCUCUCCCUUUCCCCGUCACGACAUGGACCAACUCAAGGCUCCCACGUUGCAGCAACUCGAGGGCAGGUCGCGGAUCCUGAGCCCGGGGAGCAGGUUUGUUCCGAUGACAAGGGGACGUGAGAUGGUUCGCCCUCAGACAGCUCCUGCCCUCGGACGGCGGCAGCUUCACCUAGCAGUGCCGGACGAUGUGAUAGGAGCGGAAUUUGACCACUCGACACAUGUGCGACGAUACUUCACCAGCAACCAGAUGCACCUGGUUUCUGGAUGGCCGUGAGGAGAAGAGAAGGAGAGAGCAGAGCAGAGCAGAGCAGAGCAGAGCAGAGCAGAGCAGAGCAGAGCAGAGCAGAGGAGCUGUUGUGGAGCCUGUGCCAGUUGCAUGAAUGUAAAUAUGUUCCGGAGAUAUUGCUAGUCGGGAUUUUGAACACAGCAGACGUUAAACUCUC